UGGGCGGCUUGCGUGACGGGGCGACUACGUGGGCUUCAGGGCCGGAGCGGCGCCGGGGGCGGAGUGCGGGCGGAAGUCGGCGUCCGCGGACCGCGAUCGGGAAGGGAGGCGCGGCCGGGAGACCCGCGAGGAGGGCGCCGCCUCCUCCCCGCCCUGUCUGCUGAGGAUGGAAGUGACGACAGCAGCCGGAGAGGUCACUUCCUGCUGGGGUGGAUGAGGAGGAGCCGGCGACGCCGCGGAGGAGACCGGACCGAAGACGGACCUUGCCGGGGAGAGCAGGAGGGUGAAAAUGAAAGCGGGCUGUAGCAUCGUGGAAAAGCCAGAAGGAGGUGGAGGGUAUCAGUUUCCUGAUUGGGCCUAUAAAACAGAGUCAUCCCCAGGCUCCCGGCAGAUCCAGCUGUGGCACUUCAUCCUGGAGUUGCUGCAGAAGGAAGAGUUCCGCCAUGUCAUCGCCUGGCAGCAGGGAGAGUACGGGGAGUUUGUCAUCAAGGAUCCAGACGAGGUGGCCCGCCUCUGGGGCCGCAGGAAGUGCAAACCACAGAUGAAUUAUGACAAGCUGAGCCGGGCCCUCAGAUACUAUUACAACAAGAGGAUCCUUCAUAAAACAAAAGGGAAAAGGUUUACUUAUAAAUUUAACUUUAACAAGCUGGUGACGCCCAACUACCCGUUCAUCAACAUUCGGUCAAGUGGUGUGGUUCCCCAGAGUGCACCACCAGUUCCAACAGCCUCUUCCCGGUUCCAUUUCCCACCUCUGGACACUCAUUCUCCAACUAGUGACGUGCAGCCGGGGCGGUUCUCUGCUAGCUCCCUAACUGCUGGUCAGGAGUUGAGUAAUGGCACUGAUAGAAAGGCGGAGCUUUCGGAGCUGGAGGAUGGCUCAACCGCUGACUGGCGCCGGGGUGUGGAUCUCAUGUCCUCCCGGAAUGCUGUUGGUGGAGGAGGGAUUGGCCAUCAGAAACGCAAGCCUGACAUCAUGCUUCCUCUGUUCAGUAGGCCAGGGAUCUACCCUGACCCCCAUAGUCCCUUUGCUGUCUCUCCAAUCCCUGGCCGAGGAGGUGUCCUUAAUGUUCCCAUUUCACCAGCCCUCUCCCUGACUCCCACUAUCUUCUCCUAUAGCCCAUCACCAGGCCUGAGCCCUUUCACCAGCAGCAGUUGCUUUUCCUUCAACCCUGAGGAAAUGAAACACUACCUUCAUUCUCAAGCCUGUUCUGUGUUCAACUACCAUCUGAGUCCCCGGACAUUUCCCCGUUACCCAGGGCUCAUGGUUCCACCACUGCAGUGCCAAAUGCAUCCUGAAGAGUCAACCCAGUUUUCUAUCAAGCUGCAGCCCCCACCAGUUGGGCGCAAGAACCGGGAGAGGGUAGAGAGCAGGGAGGAGUCAGCACCUGUCACUGCUCCCACCAUGGCGCCUGUGCCCCCAAGAAUUAAGGUAGAGCCAGCCUCUGAAAAGGAUCCUGAGAGUCUCAGGCAGUCAGCCCAAGAGAAGGAGGAGCACUCUCAAGAGGGCACAGUGCCAAGCAGGACCAUAGAGGAGGAAAAAGGCACCAUCUUUGCCCGCCCAGAGGCACCACCUAUCUGGCCCUCUGUACCCAUUAGCACACCAAGUGAAGAACCCCUAGAAGUGACUGAAGACAGUGAAGAUAGGCCUAGCAAAGAGCCCAGUGCGCCUGAGAAGAAAGAAGAUGCCCUGAUGCCCCCCAAGCUUCGGUUGAAGCGGCGCUGGAAUGACGACCCUGAAGCCCGAGAGCUGAGAAAGGAUGGCAAGUUCCUCUGGAAUGGGUCAGGACCACAGGGCUUGGCGACGGCAGCUGCUGAUGCUUAGAAUUGCAAGUGGAUUGGGAGCUGUUUAUACUAUAAUCAUAUACAUGUAUUUAUGUAGCAAGAUUUCGGGGCGGGGGGGGAGGGCAUUAGCUGGUUUGAUCAUUCUAGGAGCAUAGACUUGUAUUUUUAUGUUUUGGGAAUGGGAUUGGGCAUCUUCUGUUGUAAAUUAGGUGAGACAUGAACACACUUUUUUUCCUGGUGAGGAGGACACAGGAAGGGUAUUGAACUGAAAGGAGAAAGGGCCUCUAUUUCCUAUUGAGGCUAAUACUUUCUGAACAAACUCCCAAAGGGCCAAGACACUGUUUGGUCCCAUGAUGUUCAGGUUCCAGACUUCUUUCUUUUCUACUGUAUUUAUAUAUAGGAAAGCCAUUAAUGAGUUUAUUUUGCUCUGAGAGUUACAUAUAAAGGGGAAAGGGCAUGGUUGGGAGGCGAAAGACCAUUAAUACUCAGUAUUUGCCUGA